GUGGGGGCUGGCUGGCGCUCCGACAUCAAGGAAGCCUCCGCCCAGCUCUCUGAGAGACUGACGGUGAGACCUCACUCUCGUUCGCUCGCUCUCAGAACAUACAGAAGCUUCACAAUGUCCGACUGUAGGAAAUCGGCUUCUUCUCCUUCGCCGAGCUCGAGUUUGUGGCUCGCUCCAAACCCCAGCAAGAGAUGGGGCGAACUCUUCUUUCUCUUCUACACGCCGUUCUGGCUCACUCUCUCGCUUGGCAUCAUCGUUCCUUACAAGCUCUACGAGAGGUUUGCAGAGUUAGAGUACUUGCUUCUGGGGUUGGUGUCAGCAGUUCCUGCAUUCCUGAUACCAAUGGUAAUUAUUGGGCAGGCGGAUAGCAGUAUGUGCUGGAAGGAUCGCUAUUGGGUCAAGGCGAGUCUCUGGAUAAUAAUAUUUAGUUACGUUGGGAAUUACUAUUGGACGCACUACUUCUUCACAGUUUUGGGAGCUGCUUAUACAUUUCCUUCGUGGAAAAUGAAUAAUUUACCGCAUACUACUUUCCUCCUGAUUCAUGUUUGCUUUUUAUUUUACCAUGUUAUGUCGAACCUGACCCUCCGCAGGGUAAGGCAUGCUAUUGCUGACUUGCCUGAAAAAAUCCAAUGGGUUACUGAGACGGCAUGGAUUCUGGCUCUUUCCUAUUUCAUAGCAUACCUGGAGACUCUAGCUAUUUCUAAUUUUCCUUAUUAUGAAUUCGUAGACCGGGCAUCCAUGUAUAAAGUGGGGUCCUUGUUUUAUGCAAUCUACUUCAUUGUGAGCUUUCCAAUGUUUCUGAGGAUUGAUGAGAAGCCAGGCAGUCCUUGGGACCUGCCAAGAGUAGCCAUUGAUGCUUUGGGUGCUGCCAUGCUGGUGACAAUCAUGCUUGAUUUGUGGCGUAUUUUCCUAGGACCAGUUGUCCCCAUUCCCGACUCGAAACAAUGCAUUCAGCCAGGACUUCCGUGGUUUCCUGGACAUUCUGUGGAAGCUUGACGUCUCGUUGUACUAAAACGGGAGUUUGGGUUUUAGUUCCCAAUUCCAUAGUGGCUGGAAGUUGGGGUGUUCCCUGUCAGCGAAAGAUGUGGCCCCGACAGUGCCAAAAGACUUUGUAUUGUACUAGUUGUAUUACUCAGGACAUUAACCCAUUUGAGGAGAAAUGUCUCUCUGAUAAGUUGAAAUUGGGGAUUAGAGACUAACAGAAUGAAUCCUAAUGUCUCUCCAAGUAUAUGCAAGUGCGUGUCGAAACCAUGAUGGUGUUACUAUUAAGGUUGCCAAA